GUGAGCAGUUGAACCAGUUUGUGACACAUUUUGAGGGGUUACGGUACGACACGGACAGGUUACAUGCCAAACACCAGCGGGCAAGGAGAGCCGUUCUACCGGAGGAAAGCCGGGUCCAUCUGGCCUUCUUCGCUCAUGGAAGGGACUUCCAUCUCCAGAUGAGCAAAGACAACAGUAUGUUCAGCAGGGACUUUCAGCUGGAGACGACAGGCGGGAUCCAGCAGAUGGACCUGUCACAUAUCUACUCAGGACAUGUCGUUGGUGAUCCGAAAAGUGUUUGCCACGGCAGCAUCAUAGCCGGACGGUUUGAGGGGUUUGUCUACACGUCUGACGAUGAUUACUACAUCGAGCCUGCGGAACGUUACUUCAACAGUACACAGGACUUCCACUCGGUCAUGUACAAGGCUCAGGAUGUGAUAGACCCUGCUCCUCAUGGACACAAGGCCCGGUGUGGGGUACACGAAGACCAUGUUGUUAUUGAGCCACACGACCAAUCAGAAGAGGAUAAGGACGGCACUGAUUUGUUGCAUGAAAAGAAGAAGUACUCUCCGCCUCAUCAGAGACAUCGGCGUGCUCCUGGCGACAAAAACACGUGCCCUAUCUUCAUCAUGGCGGACCACAAGUUCUUCGAGAAGUACAGAACUUGGGAGGCGACCGUUGCCCAGAUAGCCGCUCACGUGAAGGCGGCUAACCUGAUCUACCGCCCGCUGGAGUUGGAUGGGAGGACGGGGUACGGUGUAACCGUCUCUAGACUAAAGAUCAACACUACUGAGGAUAAAGUCUACCCGGACAACCCAUUUCGGGAGGACUUCAUUGGCGCGGAGGCAUACUUAGACCACAUCUCCAACAUGAACCACAACGACUACUGCCUGGCUUAUGGCUUUACAGACAGGGACUUUGAAGGGACUCUAGGGAUAGCCUGGACAGGGGCCAUAUGUUCUAGCCAUCUGAGUUAUGCUGGGAUUUUCCAGUCACGGAACACGGGGCUAGUGACAGUACAGUUGUUCGGUAACCACAUCCCCACCAAGGUCUCACACAUCACCUUCGCACACGAAAUUGGACACAGCUGGGGGUCACCGCACGACCCGCCAAUGUGCACACCUGGUGGUUUUGACGGGAACUACAUCAUGUUUGCGCAAGCCACUUCAGGAGACCGCCCCAACAACAGCAAGAUGUCCCGCUGUAGCGUGGACAGGAUGUCACUUACUGUAGCUGCUAGAGCCUUCAGAUGCUUUGAAGUCGAACAAGCUACCCUGUGUGGUAAUGGUAUAGUUGAAGAAGGAGAGGAGUGUGACUGUGGCUUCCAGGAUGUCUGUGAUCGGAUUGGCGACAGGUGCUGUAACGGAGCGACCCCUGGCGUCAUUGGGGUAGGCUGCACUAGGAAACAAGGGGCCACUUGUAGUCCAAGUGAAGGACCGUGUUGCAACCCGGAGACUUGCUCGUAUCGCUCCGCGUCCGAGGUCUGCACGAAGGAGACCGAGUGCGCGCUGUCGGCAAGCUGUUCGGGUAUUUCCGCCGACUGUCCGAAGCCUGCGAACAAGUCUGGAUCGUGCGCAGAGGGCUCAAAUACAUGCGUGGGCGGUGAGUGUGUUGGUUCUAUCUGUGACCUAGAUAACAUGGAGAGUUGUCAGUGCACGUUAAAGGCAGACGGAAGUAACGUCAAGGAUCUCUGUCAGGUCUGCUGCCAACAGCCAGGACAACCAGGUUCCUGUAAGCCUUACACAGCAAGAACAAUCCUCAAACCCGUUGGCAGUCCGUGUGACAACAACAAGGGCUACUGCGACGCCUUGCGAAAAUGUCGCGAAGUGGACAUUGACGGUCCCCUGGCUAGGAUAAAACGGCUCUUGCUAACUGAUGAGGGGACGGAAUGGGUUAAGAACAAUUGGUGGGUCAUACUGCUGGGCAUUCUAGGUGUCAUAGGUGUCCUUGUUGGCGUGAUCUUUUGCUUGAAUGCCGUGGUCCCCAGUAGUAUUGAACAGGCACGGAAAAAGGCUAGAAUAGACAGCUUGAGUUUACAGCCAUCAUGAUGAUAACUUGGAUACAAUUAUGUUGCUAUUUGUAUUAUAUGCCUCUGGGUUAUAUGAUACUUGAAAUGUCAAUAAAACGCAGGGAUAAUUUAGUACAGAGGGUAUAAAAUAGCGACGUUUUUCAGGAGGAUGAAAUGGCAGGUCAUGGCAACCUUUUUAAUUGUGUUAACAUUAACUACAAAUGUUUUAUAUAUAUAUAUAUAAUUGCAUUUAAUCAACUACAUACAAAUUUUCGCUUCCGACCAAGAAUGGACAACAGGCAUAUAAGCAAGUAAUUAGAUAUGGGUGGAACAUUUUGUAUUUCUCUCGCUUUAAGCUCUGUUAAUGGUUGAUUAGUACUAGUUAGUACAUGUACAUAGUACGUAGUAAAGGUAUAUCGAGUAGCUUACUUGGGCGGUGCUAUAGGCGGUUAUGAAUAACGUUCUGAUAGUUUUAAUGUCAUUGGUUUUAUU